GAAUGCUGGAAUGCUCACCUACAGAUUCUUUGAGUGGGCUGCCAAGCAGAGAGGCUAUGCAUCCCACAGUGUCAGAGCUUACCAUUCAAUGAUUGGGUCACUUGCUAAAAUACGGCAGUAUCAGUUGAUGUGGGAAUUGGGGAAUGAGAGGUCCUCGAAAUCUCGAGGUAUGGAAGAUGGGCAUUGUCAACUAUUUGGAAGCUCAUAAACUGCAGGACAAACUGGUAAGUGCUAGGAAAGUUAAUAAGAUUCCCGAUACUAUUUUGUCUUUGCAACACCCGCCUACAUAUACCCUUGGAAAACGAAGGACUGAUCACAAUUUACUGAUUCCCGAGUCUGAUUUAAAAAGUAUAGGAGCUGAAUUAUGCUAUACAUUGAGGGGAGGGGAUAUAACUUUUCACGGUCCACAUCAAGCGAUAUUGUAUCCCAUUGUUUCGUUAAGGGAUAUUGGACUUGGUGCUCGGAGUUAUGUGGAGAAACUUGAGUCAACUAUGAUUGAAUUGGCAUCUUUGUAUGGUGUCAAAGCUAAACCUGGAGAAGCAGGUGAAACGGGUGUUUGGGUUGGUGAGAGAAAAAUUGGUGCAAUUGGGGUUAAAAUUUCGUAUGCAGUCACCUCUCAUGGGUUGGCAUUUAAUAUUGAUCCAGAUUUGAACUAUUUUAAGCACAUAGUGCCAUGUGGGAUUGCAAAUAAAGGAGUUACAUCAUUGAGAAAGGAGACAAAUUCGGUGCUUCCCGCCGAAGAAAUAAUUCAAGAGCAGUUGAUUUCUUGUUUCGCAAGACAAUUUGGGUAUAGCAGUGUUUCGUGGAAGGAGAAUGCGUCUGUAUUAUUGUCUGAUGAUUGCGAAAUUGAAUGAGAUAAUUAUUCUUUAUAUGAUUAAUACAUAAGGUUAGAUCUUAAUAUCUUUCCAAGUUUUCAAAGCUUGAGAAUUUCGACUUGUAAUUAGGUAAGCCUUGGGACCAAAGACCAUCCUAAUGGAUCUUAUUGACUCAAGUUCCAUGAAAUUGUUUAUUUAAUAAAAUACCAUCUUGUUUACUAGCACGUUUGGUACCGAAAA